AAUCAUUUGAUUCCGAACAAUUUAUUUAAUUUGAUUGAUUGUUAAUUCUAAUCAAUUUGUCUCGAUGAUUUAAUCGCUUUUACUUUAUUAUGCUGGGCGGUUUCUGCUGGUGAUCUAUUACUUACUUGUGUAGUUAUGUUUCUCCUCUUCAAGUGACAUCUCUCAUUGAGAAUCGGAUGUGUUUUCAGCCUUUGGUGUAACUUUGAUCAUCUUUAAUUGUUACAAUUUUAGCUUUUUUUGUCAUCAAACUACUAAAUUUAAAAAGAUGACAUUGGACUUUAACAGGUUAUUCUCAAUGGAGUUUGCUGUUCUUGAGCUCGGCCUUAAAAACAAACAGAUUUUCAAUGUCACAUCAUUUCUUAGGAUUCAAGUUGAAGCAUUUCGAGUUAACUGGGAAAAACUGUGUACAAGUUUGGAUGGAGCUGAUGGUGAUGAUUGUCAACCUCUUUUCGAUGAUUGGGAGAAAGUUUUUUCUAAAAUAUUAAUCAUUUUAAAAUCAACUUUACAUGUUGGCCAAUCUAGAGAAGAGAAUGAAUUUGGUCAACGAUUGGCAAGAAUAUCAUUACAAACAAGUAACUCACUUUUAGAGAUAUUAAAUCGAGAAGACAGUAAUCACAUUAUUAGCCCUUCACUUGACCGGGAGAAAACUCAUUUCAUCUCUUCAUUAAUCAAUCAAAUUAACUUAAUUCGGACAACCAUUGGAGCGGUUAUAGCUGAAUCAAAUAUUGUAGUUGCCGUUGAAAAGACACCAAAUGAUGAGGGGACUGAAAUUUUCCGCUCUUGGGAUGGAACAAGUAAACAACAGAUUCUCAUCAAUUGUAUUAAAGAUCAAUGUCUUCCCUUGGGCCAAUAUUAUAUUAUCCACAAACGAAAUGAACAAUUACCAUGGUCAUCAAUCAAUGAGAUGGUUUACCAAUCAAUUAUUAGCUAUCUUAAAGCUGGUGAAAUUAAACAAGUGGAAAGUAUUUUAAUUGGCCUCGGACUUGAUUACAACUUUCUUCUCAAAUAUAUUUUGGAAUAUACAUUUACCGAUAAAUUACGAUCUCUUUUAAUUAAUCGUCUAAAUUCCGAAGACCAAUUAAUCUAUGAGAGACUUUGUCUAAUCGAAAAAGUCAACGAACCAUUGCAACUACGAUUAAGCCUCUCCUGUGUACGAUCAGUUAAAUCGAGCUACCAAGGUGACCUGUUGACCUAUGGGAUUUUCCAGGAGAAUUCAAAAAAUCGAACCUCUUGUUUAAAAGUAGUCGAACCAAGUCAAAUUUGGUCCUAUCUAGUCAAAACUAAUCGAAUUAAUUUACUUAAAAUGUGGAUCACUCGAUAUUAUGAUAACGCUAAAACUGGCGAUUCUCAAGAUGGAACUGUUUUCUCAGCUAAAAUAACCCAAUCAAUGAUUGAUCAGUUAAUCAUCGAUGGUCAAGAUUACCUAAGAGAAUCAACUUUAUCCUCUUUGGGUAAUUAUGGUAUUUUUAGUUCCAGUGAAUUGGAUAAUAUGCCACUUUUGAUUCGUCGUCUUUUCCGUUCAUGUCCUGCUGAAAAAACUGGCAUAUUAACUGGAUUUGCUGAUCACCCGUUGUUCAAUAAAACCACAAUGAUUAGUUAUCAACAAUUUCAUAAGCAAUUCAUUGAAUAUUGUGCUGAAAAUUCACUCUAUCAAAUAUUAUAUUGGUCAUAUGUUCAAAAUGAAUUUCAAGUUAACCUGGAAAAGUGUUCAAUUGACCCGAAAAUGGGCAAUCUCUUACAACGAUUUAAAACUUGGAAUGAAGAUCCACUCAAAGACUAUCAUACUCUUAAUUCAAUUCUUGAAGUUUCCCGUUACCUUUAUGACCUUAAAUCACCAGUUAAUUUACAAUCCCUGUUGGACGCUGAUUUAGGCAAACUUGCAAUUCUUGCCUCUCAAUUUGCUCCCAAAGGAACUUUAUCAUUUUUAACCGCAUCACCAGAUGAACUUUGGUUCGCUGAAAAAGAUUCACUUCUAAAAGCUAUGGAAAAAAAUUAUCCUCUCUUAUAUCUUGCCACGGUUUCCAUGAAAGAAUUGAAUCUUCCCUUCCUUCCUAUGCAAGGAAGUGAAUUCCCAUCAAUAUAUACUCUUCUCAAUGAGACAAUUGACCUUGACAUUACCCGUCUAUUCACGUGGCAAACGACAAAUAAUUACCGUAUUUCAAAUGAUUCAACGAUUCUCGGUGAACUUCCCCACUUUUCCCACCCCAAGUUGGUCGGACUUGGCCUGAAAGCGAACCUCACAUUCAUUUAUCACCUAAAACGAGGUCGUCCUUUCGAAGCCUUCACCCGAUGGAUGUCAACUAAAUCUACUUUACCCUCGCCUAAGAAAAUUGAUCUCGUCUGUAAACGAGCAGCUCUUUUAGCCUUCUACAAUUGUACCAGCUUGGAGAUGACAUCGGCUUGUGUCACAUUCUUUGAACUGUUCAAAAUCAAUUCGACAAAUUUUAGACUUCACCUUGCAAUUGGCAACCUUAUAAUGACCCACGCGGGUAAAUAUUUAGGCCUGGAGACAAAAGCUCAAUCUAUUGAACUAGGAAACGUUUUGAGAAAAGCUUAUUAUCACAAUGAGAAAGGAGCAAUUACUCACCUGAUGGAACUACUUUUAACCUCAUUCACCAAGAAAUACGGUGAAAAUGAAUGUACAAUGGACGAAUGUGUUGAAUAUCAACUGGCAAUUAGUUUCUCUAAUCAUUACAAAUUAGAUUUACCAUUAACUUACCUCAACAAAUGUAUCGAUUGUAACGAUUGGUUAAUGUUUACAGUUUACUCGCAAUUUUAUGAAUACCCUAAGGAGAUUGUAUGUAAAUUAUUGACCACUUUCAGUGGAUGUAUAACUGAACAUCUUGAGAAAGCAUUCAGCUCUUCAAUGGUCACUAGCGAACGUAAAAGUCCCCAAUCAAUUGUCCGUCGACGAGUAACCGAAUCUCGAGAUACACUAUAUUCGAGACUUGGUCUACUUAAAACACCAACAAAUACACGUUCAAUCCCACCAAACGUCCAACAACAAUUAGCAGUUAGUCCAGAAGAUGAUAGAGCUUCCGUUAUUAGUGAAACUGAUCUAUCCAAUCUAGAAACGGUUUCGGUCACUUCGAGCUCAAUGAUCGGAGAUUUACAAGAAAACCUUGAAUUUGAUCCAGAAUCUCCACCCAAGGAUCUUUUCAACCUAAUAUUGACCUGUCAACGAUUCCAUCCCUCGGAACCAGGAAAAUCACUACUAAACGCAUCUAUAGCUCUAGUUAAUCCAAUUCCCGCUUUAAUUGCCGCUUCUCUUUAUUCCAAUUCAGAAAACGACAGCGUCUUUUCAACCUUUGAUUGUUUCUGUUGUUGGCUUCAUUCCUCUUUCCAAAUGCCGGACGAUAAAUCGAUUCGGCCUUCAUCUAAUUCAAUCCUUUGGAAUCAACAAGAUUUUAAUACACUGAUUCAAAGUGCCUUACAAGUACCAAGUAACUUUAUCGUUUUCCGUAACGCUCUCAGAAUAUUUUCCUUGCCCAACAGUCCGCUUAUUGAUCUGGUUCAAUUUUUCAUUGAAUUUCUGGUGGAAAAAGAUUACUAUGAGUCUGUUAAAAAGUUGAAGACAUUCCAAGUGUGCCUGUGGAAUUAUAAGAAACCCGUUGACUCUCGAGGUCUUUUAUCAUCAAAGGCCUGGAUGGAGGAAACAUCGGUCAUCAUAUUGUCCAGUGGACUAAAAGCCGCGGACUCAGAGUAUGAGCUUCAUAUACUUUUACGACACUUAGAUUUUGCUCGACUUCAAAGUAGUUUCGAUGAAGAAACUUGUGUUCCCGAUUUUCGUAAAAUUUAUCGCUUAUCCCAAUGUGUCCAAGAAACUAGUCUAAGUCUUAACCGUCUGAACAUUUGUGAUUUCCUUGAUUUCCAACCGGCAACUGAUGAAUAUAAUGAACGUGUCCUAUCAUUUGUCUACGAACUACAAGAGCGAGGCUUUUAUCUGGAAGCUCAACAAUUUGCCACAAUCAAUGAACUCACUGAUGAUACAAUUUAUGUCAAUGGAUGGAGGAAAAAAAUUCAAAUUGAUAAAAGCAAUUUCUCUCUUUGGAAAAAAUGUUUCAACGAUCUUGAAGAACGACAAAUUGACCUGACAGUAAUUCGAAAAUUUAUUCAAGAAUUUCGUAGUACCUUUUAUUGUGAACUGACCAAUGCCUUCAUCUUGGCCAAAGACUUUUAUUAUGCAACCAAAUCAUCAGCUGAUCAUAAUGAUAUUAUUUCAUGUGAACUUGCCCUUUGGAAUACAGUUAUAUCCAUUGAACUGAAUUCCAUUCAUCCCGAUGAACUAAUCGAUUGGACCGAUAUUUGGGAAAAUAUUUUAAACAUUGCGAAAGAUACAAUUCCACCCAGUAAGGGGACCAAAGGUACAAAUCAUCUAGCGACAGAAUUGACCGAUGAAGAGGCUCGAGUGCUACGAAUAAUUAUUGGUAAAAUUUUAAAUGUCGGCAAAAUCGAGUUGGCCUAUCGUUUAGAGUACCUUUACAGAGUUCGAAGUCACGAUUUGCUUUUCAUCAAUUUUAGCAAUUUACUGGCCAACGAUUUUUUCUUAAGUCAACCAUUUAGUGCUCGAACAUAUUUUGAAGUUACUGCCAAAGAAUACGGAUUCACAGAUAUCGCUCAAGUUACCCAAUUGUUGAUGCGACCACCCCUUGAAUCUGGUCAAGUGGUCAAGGUUUUGGAAAAGUGUCUCUCUCUAUCAGAACAUGCUGAGAAUGCUUGUCAACGAAUUAUUCUUUAUUAUAAAAUAUCAUUUGUUAUUGAAAAGCGUUAUUCUGAACUCGCCGAGGAACGAGAUGAAUUGUCCAUAUUAUCUGAAUUGGUCAAGAGAUCGACAACUAAUCCUGAAGCGUUAGCUUAUGCCAAAGAGUUGAUUAGUUUUGGUAAAAUUGGCGAUGAUAAAGUUUCCAAUUUAGUUUUGGCGGAAAUUUUACCUGCAAUUAAAAAUGAUAUUGCUCAAAGUGAAUCAAGUGAAAGUGGUAUCGGGGAAAUUAAAAAUGGCUCUUAUGAAAAUGCGACGGCAACAAAUUUCCUCGCAUUGAUCCGAUUAAUCAAUGAUCCAGCGAUUCUUGGUCGGCAAUUACUUGACAUCUUACGAACCAAUGUUUCACCUUUAAUGUCCGUUGAAAUCUGUAUCAAAGCCCAUGAAUGUUUUACCCUUUGCUGUGAUAUCGAAGGUAUCUCAUUGGUCCUUCGAAAUGCUCGAAUAUUGAUAAUUCAACAUUUGACCAUAACCAAGAAUCACCAAGCAAUGAUUCGUCUUCUAACCGGAAUCGGUCGAUAUUCUGAGAUGUCUUACAUUUUUGACAUUCUCCGUGAAGAUCAUCAAUUUGAGUUACUUCUUCGUCGAGGUAAUCAAAAGUGUAACAAACUACGAGUUGCACUUUUAGAUUAUCUCAAGGGAGACAAAGAGAUGUACCCGUUGAUUGCGCUUAACUUUAGUAUGCAUCGAGAAAUCGCUGAAAUGUUAGAAUCGGGAGCAAUCAAAUCACUAGGCUCAAUUAACCUUCGGCGGCAGCAAAAUUGUAUGUCAUACAAAGAGGAGCUGGAAAAGAUUUUACAAGAGCUGAUGGACGCGGCGGAGAGCUACAAGAAAGCGGGUGUUUUUGCCCGAUCGGAUUAUUGUGAUAAAAUGGCUCAACUUGUUGCUCUUCAAAUUCAUUAUUUACCCUCGGGCGUUAUCUUGAUCAAUUUAUCGGACACCAUGGUGACCGAUUUCAUUGCUCGCCAUUCCAAGUUCAUCGAAGCGCUAAUUGUUGCCGAUGCUUAUCAAAAUCAUCGACAAUGGGCAAUCGCCAUUUUCAACAAUGUCGUUAAUCGCGGUGAUUGGACUUAUUUAAGAGAUUAUAACAACACUUUUCCUCUUAAUCCAAACAAUUUAGAGGAAAUUUACGGUUUAUAUAUUAAAUUUCGUACCAAUAAUCGUAAUCUACCCUCCGAUAAAUUGUCCACAAUGAAGAGUAACCUUCAUAAAUUAGUCAAACAAUCAAAUGAUCUGGUUCAAGUUUACAAAUAUUCACAAGAAUUGGGUUUCGUUGAAGCUUCCAACAAUUUACUCAAAGAUAUCAAUGGAGCCUAUCUCAGUGAUCUCAGACGUCAAGGAAAUCUAUGAAUCAAUAAUUAACAAUUAAUUGUUGAGAAAAACAAAACCAAAUCUAAAAUAUUGGAAAUGAAUCAAAUCAACUAUUGUUAUUAUUAUUUUUAAUUAACAUCAUUAUAAAUUUUUCUAAUCAACUUUUUAUUAUAUCGAAACAAUUGUUUAUCUAAAUUCUGUGACUUGUUAAUUUACUUCAAAUCUAUUAUAUCAUAAAUCAAAUAAUCAUUUUUUAUCAUCACAAUUAAAGAUAAAUAAUAAAUUAAAUCAAUAUUUGUGUUAAA